AUGGGCGCGGCCGGAGCGCUGGACCCGCGGCGCCCGAACGAGACGCUGCAGCGGCUGCUGUGCGGGGGGGGGCCCGGCAACGCCUCGGGCUGGAACCGGAGCCUCUGCGACCUGCUGCGGAGCCCGCCCGGGCCCCCCCCUGCAGACCUGGAGUUCACGGUGCGGGUCCUGCUCUAUGCGCUGAUCUUCCUGCUCAGCGUCUUCGGGAACUCGCUGAUCAUCUUGGUGCUGGUGCUGAAUCGCCGCCUGCGCACGGUUACCAACUGCUUCCUGCUCUCGCUGGCGCUGAGCGACCUGCUGCUGGCGCUGUGCUGCAUGCCCUUCACCCUCGUGCCCAGCCUCAUGGGCACCUUCGUCUUCGGCCCCACUGUCUGCAAGCUCGUGGCCUAUCUCAUGAGCAUCUCCGUCAGCGUCUCCACCUUCAGCCUGGUGGCGAUCGCCAUCGAGCGGUACAGCGCCAUCUGCAACCCGCUGCAGUCCCGCGUGUGGCAGACCCGCUCCCACGCCUACCGGGUCAUCGCCAGCACCUGGCUGCUGUCCCUGCUGCUUAUGCUGCCCUACGCCAUCUUCAGCACCACCGUGCCCACCCGGCCUGGCCUCACCCAGUGCCAGCACCGCUGGCCGAGCCAGCCCUUCAAACAGGCCUGGUACAUCCUGCUGCUUCUCAUCCUCUUCUUCAUCCCCGGCAUGGUGAUGGCCGUGGCCUAUGGACUCAUCUCCCGUGAGCUCUACCGUGGCAUCCGCUUCGAGAUGGACGUCAAGAGAGAAGCCGCCGGUCUCCAGCACGGCAGCACGGAGCCCCUGGCACCAGGGGUGGAGGACGACGGCUGCUACGUGCAGCUGGCCAGGCCUGGGGGGGCGCUGGAGCUGAGCUUGCUGGGCCGGGUGGGCACGGGGCAGCAGGACCGCGCCCGCGUUAACAGCUCGCAGGCCAUGCUGCUGGCCAAGAAGCGGGUGAUCCGCAUGCUGAUCGUCAUCGUGGUGAUGUUCUUUCUCUGCUGGCUGCCCAUCUUCUCCGCCAACACCUGGCGUGCCUUUGCCGCGGCCUCGGCCCAGCGGGCGCUCUCGGGCGCCCCCAUCUCCUUCAUCCACCUGCUGUCCUACACCUCGGCCUGCACCAACCCGCUCAUCUACUGCUUCAUGAACCGGCGCUUCCGCUCCGCCUUCGCCGCCACCUUCGUCCGCUGCCGCCCCCGGCGCCCCCGCCUGCCCCCGCCCGACGACGACAUGCCUGCCACUGGCGCCUCCCUCUCCAAGAUCAGCUACACCACCGUCAGCAGCCUGGGGCCCACCUAGCACCCCCCCGUCAGCAGCCUGGCGCCCCCCUAGUGCCCC